AUGGCCGCCCCGAGUGACAUUUCGAUCGAAAACCUCACCGGAACAUGGAUGCUGCAAGGAAUCAACUGGGUCGUGCGGAAAGCCAUUGGGAUGACGGAAGUCACCGUUAAAAUGAGACAAUUCGAGGGUCCCAGUCCCAGCACCGGCGACACAAUUCAUCAAAUUGCUAUCAGCCAGGCAGCCAAUGUCAAUUUGGGUGGCACGACCGAACACCGCUACUUGGACUGGCAGGAGUACCCCCAGGAAGAUCACAUCUUUGGGAAAACAAUCGUUCAGUCCCGGUUUAUCGGCAGCACCACAAACCAAACAGGAAGACCGGUCCCGUGUGUGCAGACUCGGACGGAGAUAAAUGAUCCCAAUAUUGAGAAAUUCCUGCGAGCGGAGAUCGAUGAGGCCUGCAUGCCUUAUGAUGGCUUCCUUGUCGAGAAAGCUCAGGCAACGGAGCCUCUUGAAGGUGGAAAAGACGGGCUCUGGAUGGAGGUGGUAAUCCGUAGCCAGGAACCGAAGUGGAUCGCAGAACAGGUAAAGUGUCGCCAUAUUCGAAUAAACGCAGGUUUCGUUGGUUCUGACUAUUGUGCAAAGGUCUGGGGUUUUGAAAUCAUCGACGGGCAGCGUCGCUAUGUCCGUCGCCUGGUGAUGUCGGACACCAAGGGCAACCACCGAAUGGGAAGACUGGUCUAUACUUUUGUUGACCGGAAGUGCGACUGA